AUGCGCCACACGCCAAACGAGCGUGCGUGGCAGGCGCUUAGAGCCCUGAACGCUCAGCUGGACCCCAUCCGGGGCCCCAGGGGGUGCCUGCUCAGAGGUGGAGUGAAGAGGAAGCCGGGGGCGCAGUCACCCCAAGGUCCCGGAGAAGUACAGGGAGUCGGGGCAGGCUCACUGGGCUGCCCAAGGGGGUGGGCGCCUGGAGCUCCUCGGUGGCAGUGCAGGGGCGCGGGGAGGGGCGACUCUUACCCGGAGGCUGCCAAGCAGGAGGCGGCGGUCGGCCAGGGCGGCUGCAGUAAUCCAUUGGGCGCUGCCGGGCUACGCGCACUCGGGGCGGCAGGGAUCCGCUCGUGUUGGGGAAGGAGUCGCGUCGGAACCGCGCGGCUGCAGUCACCCGGAGCAGGCCGGCUGCUCCCGGCGAGCGUUGUCGGCGCCGGCGGGGGCCUCCGAGCCCAGGGCUAUUUCCGGGCUCUCCCGCCCGCCGGGCUCCCCACCGGCUCCGGAGGCGGCAGCGGCGCGGCCCGAGCGAAGCGGCGGUGGGGCCACGUUGGGCGCCGGGCGGGAGCGGAGGCCGCCGCGGACCCCGCAAUCCCGCAGCCGGCGACUGGAUCCCACCUCUGCAGAGACAAAGAUGCCGGAACAUUCAGCAAACACCAGGGAAGCAGAGGACACAAGCUUGGCUGUGAAAUAGCAACACCUUCUGCACUGAAGAAUAAUAAAACAAUGUUUUUAAUUACAAAAGAAAAUGUGUAAGAAAAGUGUAAAAAUACGUGGGGCAAGUUUUGGGGGCCCUUUCUAAGCUAGAACACUUUAUACUGGUCUGUACAUGUGGAACUGAACAGAGAUUGCUCACUUCUAAAAUAUUCUAAGAAAUAAUCUCAAUUGUCAGUUUCCUCCUGCCCAAAUAAAAGCGGAGCUUUGUGACCCUCCUUUUCAGCUUGGGGAAGGAGGGAUGGGAAAAAGACA